AUGUCACUCCCUGUCACCGAAUUCGUCUACUUCAAGCUCAAACCAUCAGUUAAACCAGAAGACCCCACCAAUGAAGAAGGACAGCAAUUCAUAAAGACCCUGCAGGCAACGAAGAACCAGCUCGGCUAUGAGAGUUCUGCAUGGGGACGGACCCUAGAGGAUGACAGCGUCAUUGUCUGGGCUAUUGACUGGAACACAGCCCACGAUGGCGGCAGUCGCUCAAGCCUCCUAAUUCCCCUUCUUGUCCCGAACACUCAUAUAACCCACAUAGUUACAACCCUCAGCCCAUCACCAUCGACAACAGACACAUUCACCAAGAACCCCGUCACAGAGCUCUGCUGUCUCAACUUCGAUGCCGCCAUGUCACCGGACGAACACGCAGCCGUUGACGCUGCUCUCAUCGACUUCCGAAGCGCACUGGUAGAGAAACUUCCCGGUCUCCUUAAGCCGAAGUCGUGGAGUACGGGACAAGUUGAGCGACCGGGUUCUAGAGAACAUAGGCAUUCGCCUUCAGGGAAGGCGCGUAUGACUUUCCUUGCCGUUGGCUGGGAGAGUAAGGAGGUGCAUCUGGAGGCUAAGAAGGAGGAGGUGUUCAUCCAGGCUAUUACGCCAGUAAGGGAGAGGAUGCUGCCCUCUAUUCAUGAGACGGAUAUGAGGCACGUUGUUUUUCAGAAGGUUUGA